UCUAUGGCAGAACUGUGGUCAGCUAUCUCUGCUGCUUUGCCUGUGACGGAAGCAGAAUUUCCUCUUGAUUUCAGUGAAAAAGUUGAGCCCAGUGUGGUGGAUGUGCUGAAACGUUGCAGGCAGCAGCUGUACACCGGGAGCGGUCGAUGGAGGCAAAACGCUCAGAUCAUCUUGCUCAGACUCGCUCAGACUUUUCCUGGGAGAAGCUCAACACAGGAACACAUGGGCCUCUAUAAUCCUUGCCUCCAUUUUAGUAUUGUACAAAUUACAUUUAAAGCAUACAAGUUUUUCAGUUACAAAAACAGUAUUUUGUUCAAUGUACUCUUCUCCAAGGUCCCCGAGCUGAAAGACGACAUCCGUAUCCCUGACUACUGUUGUCUUGGUGAGGGAGAGGAAGAUGACAUCACGAUCAAUGCUUGGUUUGGGCCAGGAGGUACAGUGUCCCCCCUUCAUCAAGACCCUCAACAGAACUUCCUGGCUCAGGUGGUUGUGAGAAAGUACAUUCGUCUGUAUUCCCCUGAGGACACCGAGAAACUCUACCCUCACCAAUUGCAGCUCCUACACAACACUAGUCAGGUGGAGGUGGAGCUCCCUACCUAGAGUGUGUGUUGAUUCCCAGAGUUUGUGAAGGCUCCCUACCUAGAGUGUUUGUUGCAGCCUGGGGAGGUCUUGUUCAUCCCAGUCAAGCACUGGCAUUACGUGCGUUCUUUGGAGCUCAGCUUUUCUGUUAGCUUCUGGUGGUCAUGACCCAUGAUGAGGGAUCCAGAUUCGGGUUGUUUUUAGUCAGAAUUUUGGUUAUUGCAGUGGUCUUGUAAAAUGCAAGUCCUGUGCUCACGUAUGUUGUGACUUAGGUCUGAAUGUUAUUUUCUUAAUCAUUAACAUGUCUGUCCUUUCAUUGCUUCAGCCCUCUAAGCCUCGCCCACCAAAUAGCUUUAAAAACACCUGAUUCUAUAAACAAAUUCAUGGUUAAGUGUCAAUGGUAAUUUAAAAAGGAUUAAGGUUGGAAAAAAGUCUCAAUUUACAUAGUUCACAACUUACAACGGCGAUUCAUAUUGAAGAAUUAUGGGAAAUUUGCUCAACUCAAUUAACUUGAAUAGAGGAAAAUAGCCUAUCACAUAAUUAAAAGUAUCCCACCUCAUAUCCAUGACAAAGGAAAGCCAGUUGUGUUCAAUCUAUCAACACUUGAAUGUGAUUAUGGCACACAUUGAAUGCCAAGCUACCUGCAUGAUUGGCGCUUGCUUCCACUCAUUACUAAAUUAAAUGAAGGAGCAGUUAGUGUAUGCUCAUUUCCUACUGCAUAUAAA